AUGACAAUAACGGGUUAUCAUGCCUAAUUUGAUAAAUCCAUCGCAGCCUCCAACUGUAAAAUUGUUCACUUUUUUACGCCAAGUACUAGAAGGAUGUGAUCAACUUACCACUAAGCUACAGUGACCUGACACAAUUCGUCCAUAUAUAACUUUGGGUAGGAUCUAGUAAGCAGCAGUGUUGAAACAUUGUGCUGAAGUGAGAUGUUCCCAGACAUGUGUGUGCGUGUUCUUUUGUCGUUGUAUAUAGCUUGUAUUGUGUGCGUGUAUUCCUCAAGUAUCAUCACUAAAGAUAUGAUAAGAAUGUCUAACAACCGAUCACCAUUAGAAAUUAUCUCUGAAGGUCGGGCAAUAGGCUCGAAAGAGUUAAGGACAAACCCUGACAGUACAGCUUAUCAACAGAUAUUCCCUCCAAACAAUCAAGAAAGUAAGGAUAGCAGUGCCGAAAGUAUACACUCAGUUCCUCCUAGAAUAACCUCAACACUGCAAGUAAAUUCAACGCCCCUUAAGUCUAUCCAUCCUCCUGCUAGCUCUACAACCAAUACUAUCACCGAUAAUCAACAUCUGAAGUCAACACAAAAUGAUUACACCAUCAAAGAAGCUUGGCAUGCUGACAACAAUGAUAUAUAUUCAGGAAAUUACAAAGCUCAAACCAACAAUGAAUCUGAAAAUAAUCUUUCUUCUGAAGAUCUGAGUAAACAAUAUUGGGGACAUUACCAGAAUUUAUCUAUGAGCUUUUUCAAUUCAUCUAAUUUACUCCGAACCACCGAAAGUGAUUUAUUAUACCAAAAGAGUUAUGACUUAAAUGUCUUGGAGGUUUUGCAGAGAGUAUUCGAGUGUCCCUGGUCUCUAGGGAUUUGGACCUGCGUUAGUGAAAGUUUUAAAGACAAAAUCACACCUUCUUUACAAGCCUUUCAACUGCAUUAUCCUCGGUUCAACCGUGAAGAAGACAGGCAAGGCUUCGACAUAGAGGGUUCUGAUAUUGAUGAAGGGAGAAGAAAACUUUCCAAGAAACUUCAACUGCUGUUACCUUUCCUGAUGAUGCUUAAGAUGACGAUGCUUCCUGCGCUAGCCGUGAUGGCGCUAGUGUCCGGCAAGGCAUUCUUGAUAAGCCUGCUGUCGCUAGGUGUCGCCCUGUUCGCCGCUACAGUACACCCUACAGCUCUAGGUGCCUCCAAACGUCAAGAAAUCACUCCACAAGUGCCACAACCACCAGACCAGCUACCCAGCAACUACUACUAUGUCAUGUGAGCCUCCUGUCGCUAGGUGUCGCCCUGUUCGCCGCUACAGUACACCCUACAGCUCUAGGUGCCUCCAAACGUCAUGAAAUCACUCCACAAGUGCCACAACCACCAGACCAGCUACCCAGCAACUACUACUAUGUCAUGUAAGCCUCCUGUCGCUAGGUGUCGCCCUGUUCGCCGCUACAGUACACCCUACAGCUCUAGGUGCCUCCAAACGUCAUGAAAUCACUCCACAAGUGCCACAACCACCAGACCAGCUACCCAGCAACUACUACUAUGUCAUGUGAGCCUCCUGUCGCUAGGUGUCGCCCUG